AUGGACCCAAACUACAGAAAAGCCGAAACAAGGACCUUCCAACUACCAGACAACCGCACCCUAAGCUUCGCAGUCUUCGGCACCGGCGCAGAAACACUCACCACCACCCCGUCCUCCACGCACCAAACCCAACAACCCCCGCGUCCGGCAGCGGUGCUAUUCUACUUCCACGGCUUCCCCAGCAGCCACGAAGAAGCCUCAAUCUUCCACCAAGCCGCCCGCCGGCACGACGUCCAAAUCAUCGCCCUCGAUCGACCAGGCCACGCCGGCUCCAGUGUCCAGCCCGACAGGCGCAUCGUAGACUGGCCUGUCGACGUCCUCGCCUUUGCAGAUUACUUUGCAAUCUCGAGGUUCGGGGUUUUGGGUCUGUCCGGGGGAGCACCGUAUGUCUUUGCCAGCUGGAAAGCCAUCCCGCGCGAGAGGCUUGUGGUAGCAGGGAUUUGUUCGGGGUUGUAUCCGCCUGAGCUGGGAUACGCGGGUAUGCUGCUUCAAGGGCGGGUGAUGUUGACCGUGGCGCCGUGGCUUACGCCGCUCGUGGCGUGGGGUAUGGAGAUGUCGUUGGGCAGGGCGGCACGAGACGAGGCGCGGCCGGAGAAGUUGAGGGGAUCCGUGCGGGAUGCUGUGGUACCCGGAGGCUGGGGGCCGGCUUGGGAUGUCAAGUUGGCGGGGAGUCAUUGGAGGUUUGAGAUUGGGGAUCUUGAAGUUGGAGAUGGAGAGAUGGUUUGGUGGCAUGGGAGGGAGGAUGUUAAUGUGCCGGCUGGUCUUGCGGAACGGGCGGCUGAGUGUUUGCCGGGGGCGGAGGUGAGGUUGGUUGAGGGGGAGGGGCAUGUUAGUCUUAUUGUGCGCAAGGCGGAGGAGGUUAUGUCUACUCUUGGGGGCAUGCUGAGGAAGACGAGUUGA